UAUUACUGAAAAGUGAAAACACAAAUAGGUUCCUCCUCCUCUUACAUUUUUGUUCAAUAAAGGAAGAAAAUGAAAUUGAUAAAAUACUAGUACUGGUUGCGAGGUAGGCGUCUCCGCUUCUUUCCUCUCCUAUCCCUCUCAAGAACGUCUUCCAAAAUUUCUGAGACAAGCCAAUCUUUCUGCUGCCAAUGUUGAGAUUAGGGUUUUGAUGUUAGUCAUGUUAAACAAUGGUUGUGUAAUCAUAUUUAUACCAUCCGUCCAUACAUACCAGUUGAGUAUUCAUAUAAUUUGAAUUUGAUUAGCUAGGGUUUUGUAUUUGGGGAUUUUGACAUGUCAGAAACUUCCAAAGCUCGCGUCACUAUUACACUUGGGCGCGGUGGUCAGGUGGUGAAGAGAGCUGCAACGGUAUCGGAUGAUUAUUCUAAUUCUCAGCAAGGUGCUGGGAGUAAGCGGUCUGUUAUGGAAAGAUUAGGAAGUAAUUCAGACAUUUUGUCAUUGCAUGGAAACCAACUUAGCAACAAACGGCAAAGAGGGGACAACAGGUUGACAAGUAUAGGUGCUAAUGGUGUGGAAGAUGCUCGCAUUGGUAAAGAUGACCUACGUUACAAACUCAUGCAAAAAAAUGUAUUUAGUAGAACUCAAAGUGACGAUGACCAGAAAACCAUGGACCUUCGUGAAAAGCUUUCUAGGACAGUCCGGUCUUCAGGCCCUCUGCUCAGUAAUCUUGAUGCACGGCACCGCCUGCCUGACCCAAAGGACACUAGCAUCUUAGGGAGAAUUCCUCCCACAAGAAGUGCAGAUGUUUUACACCACAUGGAUUCUUCCAGAAAUUCCUUUUCUCCUUGGACUUUGGAUCAUAUAAGACGAAGAUCUCCAGAUAGAGUUAUGAGUUCUUCCGGGGGUUUAUCGCCACCCAGAAACAUGGAUAAUCUACAGCGAAGGCCUUUGAACAGGACAUAUGAUGCUGUUAGAACAGUUCCAUAUAUGAAUAAAGAUGUUCUUGAUACACCGAGGUCAGUGAGUAGCUCCACUACUUUCAUUACAAAAUCUGCCAUGCUGCCUCUAUCGCCAUCACCAACAGUGCCUGCAAAGUCUGUGGUACCGCUCAUGGGCCAUCUUCCUCCAAGUGGCAUUGUGCAGAAGAGUUCAUAUGUGGCAGAAGAACAACAAACUGUUGAAGGCUUACUGCAUUCAUUGGGAUUAGGGAAAUACGUUGUUCUUUUCAAGGCUGAGGAAAUAGAUAUGACUGCAUUGAAGCAGAUGGGGGAAAGGGACCUUAAAGAGCUGGGGAUACCUAUGGGGCCAAGAAAGAAGAUUCUUCUUGCACUCCUACCUCGUUCUAAAAGGCAACCUUGACAGUUGCACCUUAAAAUUCUAGUUAUGCUGGGAUUAUUUAGGUUGUAAUCUAAAAUGAGAAGCUCUUGUAGAACAAUCUUUUUGUGGAGUGUUAUCCUGCGCGUUUCUCCUCAUUUUAGGCUAGGAAUGACCCGUGAAUUGAUUGUCAAAUAUUUGCUUCCAAGAUAUAACUCCAUUGGUUAGUUUUUAUUUAUUAUUAUUUAUAUAUAUAGAGGAGAAUUUUGAGAUGCAA